GUUGUAGGAUGUCAGGAGGACCACAGUUCAAGUAUCCACUGUGAUACAUCUGUGAAGUGUCCUUGAGCAAGUCACUGAAUUUCUACCAUCUCCAGGGCGCUGCACUGUAGCUGACUUCCAACCUUGGUUUGGAAGUAGACAAACAAUGAACCUGUGGGUGCAAUAAAGGGUCACAUACAGUGUAAGUUGUUUAGAAGCUCUUGAAGAUGAAGAAGUGGGGAGACAGACUGAAGAAGGUUGAGCAGCUCGCUCAAUCGUUCCAGCUGAAUCCUCUGGCCUCGCACUACAAACCUCGACUGUGGCCGUGCCAGCCUUCCUCCGUAUGGAAGCUUUUCCCUCGCCAAAUUAUGGCGAUCAGCUUCGCACAGAGCUGCAAAGAGGCUGUACAUGUGUUUGCACUUGAAAAAGAAAAGACCCCCCUGGGUCAAAGGAUCUACCUGGUUACCAGUUACAGUGAGCUGUGGCAUUACUACAGGACUUACACACAGUCCUUGAUGCACUGCUAUGAGGUGAUACCAGAGGGCGCUGUUUGUAAGCUUUACUUUGACUUGGAGUUCCACAAGCCCUCAAACAAAGGAGCUGAUGGGAAGACUAUGGUGUCUUCACUUAUCCAGUAUGUUUGUGACAAGCUGAUGGAAGUUUAUGGGGUUGAAUGCACCACAAAAAAUGUCCUCAAUCUUGACUCCAGCACGGAAGAGAAGUUCAGUCGACAUCUCAUCUUCAAUCUCCAAAAUGCAGCUUUCAAAGACAACAUACAUAUGGGUAAGUUUAUCCAUGCAAUUCUUCAACCAGUCCUGAGCAAAAGUGGAUGUUCCCCGGAUGCUGGGAUGAAUUCAUUGGAAGAAAACAGCGAAACACGGACACAUGCUGUUUCUGGGGAGAAGUCGGCCAAAGCAGGUGAGGUAGCUGAAAGUCCACAGACCAAGAAACGCAAGUUGGAAGAGAGAGACCUCGGGUUCCUCCGGGUGAAAAACAAGGAUGGCCAAGACAGUCUCUUUGUUGAUCUUGGUGUUUACACCAAGAACAGAAAUUUCCGCCUUUACAAGUCAUCAAAAGUGGGGAAAAAUGCUGCAUUCACGGUGGCAGAUGACAACAAGUUUAUUGCCAAACCUGAGAAGGGAAUUUCUGUGGAGGAGAGUGUAUUCUUGGCUUCCUUGGUCUGUAAUUUAAGUUUUACAGGUCAGAGAAUUCUUACUUGGGAUGUCCCAGAAACAAAGGAAGCCAAAACCUUGAGGUCCCCUUGCCAGCAGGGAUCAGCCACAAAUUCAGACUCACUUUCUGGCUGCCUGUCGUCUCCUCAUCAAGAAGUGGACAGCUUUGUAUUAACUGUGGUUAAAAAGGACGACAUACACGGAAGCAUCAGACGAUGGAACUACUUUGCUGCUGAACAACUGCUUGUCUACGACAUCGCAAAAUACCGCUGGUGUGAGAACGUGAAACGGUUUCAUAAAAGCAACAACAUCAUGAUCGUUGUGGAUCUCAAAGAGGAAGUGUGGUACCAGAAGUGUCACGAUCCUGAAUGCAAGAACUUCAGGUCCUUAAGUUACCCACUGCCCCAGGAGAUCUGUUUCAGCUACAUCAUGACCCUGGAUGACGAAGACCAAGCUUACUUAAUGGACGAUGCUGGCAACAUUGAACCCAGCCAGAGACCAAACCUGGUCCAACAGAGCCCAGUGUGUCCAGAGGAGGAACCUGCUGAUGUGUGGGGAGACGGACAGGAUGACCAGGACUAUUUAGAGAGCCUGGAUGACUUUGAAGAAAACAACGGGGAUGUCUCUGAUCAGCUUCUGCUCAAAUGUAUGGAAGAUUUUGAUUCCAAGUAGACGGUGAGGUCUAAUGUUUUGCACUGGCUGUACAGCAAAGAUAAUGGUAAUCCCUUACCAUUAAGUCCUCCUAUUUAGAAUUUUUAAGCAGCGUAAAAUGAGUGAAAUGUAAUAUGAGAAAUAAUUUAACAAUUUAUGUACAUUAACACUUCAUAUUUUUUAAGCUUUAUAUUACUAAAUUAGUGUUAUAAAACAUUUAAGAAAUGUUUAAAUACUGCUUAUAAAUGAUAAGUAGCGGGACCUUAAAGUGUUGCCAAGAUACACAGAUUAAUGCACUUUAUUGACAAUUUCCCAUUAUAAAAGACAGAAACUGAAUACCAAAGUUUUGGAAGAAAGUAUUUAUUUGGUACACUUGACAAAUAAAGCUACUGUACUUAAAUCUAGCACAAAACUGCACCUUUGCCCUUUUCAUAUCAUAAGUCUUUAAAAAAAAAAAA